AUGGGCACUGCUGGUGAGUGCCAGGGGAUCCCGGGAUCCUGGGGGGUCCUGGGGGUUGGGACAGACCUGGGAACAGAGACCCAGGGGUUCCUGGGGGGGCCGAGGGGGUGGGACACCCCUGGCACCAGGGACACCCCUCCCCAACAGCCUCUCGCCCCCUCCAGCCUGGACAAUUUGCUGAACGUGGCGUACGGGGUGAAAAGGUUCUCCCCGCUGGCCAUCGAGGCGGUGCCGGCGCUGGCCGGGGUGGGCCUGGGGACCCCCGGCCCCGGGUGGUGCAUCUUCGUCUACAACCUGGCGCCGGAGGCGGACGAGAGCGUCCUGUGGCAGCUCUUCGGGCCCUUCGGGGCCGUCACCAACGUCAAGGUCAUCCGGGACUUCGCCACCAACAAGUGCAAAGGCUUCGGCUUCGUCACCAUGACCAACUACGAGGAGGCGGCGCUGGCCAUCGCCAGCCUCAACGGGUACCGCCUGGGCGACCGCGUGCUCCAGGUCUCCUUCAAGACCACCAAGCAGCACAAGGCCUGAGGGGCGGCCACGCCGGGGGCCACCGGCCGGGC